CUUGAUGUGGCCAACCUUCCAAAUCUUGAACAUUCCUACACUUCACUAUUGCCUCUCAAUAAAAUGAAGCCUCUGAUUCCAGCAGAUGGAUCUUCCUCUCUUGGGCUACUAAACCGAGGGCCAGACUACCUCCGCAGGCAGCUGGAGGUCAACAGCGGAGGCCGUAGCGCAAGUGCAGUGGAGAGGCUGGAGGCUGACAAAGCCAAAUAUGUCAAAUCUCCAAAAGUGAUCAACAGUCGCCAAGAACCGGUGCUCCUCUGCUAUACACCUCAAUCUUCCCCAUGUUUCAGGAGACCCUUGACCCUCCAUCAACAUAAUGAAUGCUCUCAAGGCUUAACGGUAAGCUCUGACGGCCCUAGGCCUAAAAAGCCACCUCCUUCUCCUCAGUUACCAACACCACGGAGGGGUAGUGGCAGACGUGUGCUGAGACCUGACUCCCUUGUCAUCUACCGUCAGAAACAGGAUUGCUCAGCUGUGAAUAAGGAGAACACCAAGGGCUACAAUAUUGUGAGGUGGCUGUUUCAGAGCCCCCUAAGAGAUGGAUGUAGCAAUUCCCCUUUUUUGAGGGGCCUGAUGAGAGAGGAACGGCUGCAAGCAACACAAGAAAGUACCUCUAUGGCCUGGGUGGCAACAGGAAAGGAAGAAACAAAAACUCUAAGCCCCAUCAGCAUCCUAGCCAGGUCAAGCACCAGGUCCACAGGGAAGACUUCUGACACCAAUCAGAGACAGCACCAGCCCAGCUCCCAUGCAGAUAAGGGCCCAAUGUCUUCCUCAACGAACCCAGAUCUAAGAAGCUCCAAACAAAAACUGGCUCCAAGCUGUUCUCUUCCUCUUUCGGAGAAGGAGCGUUUUUUCAACUACUGUGGCUUGGAUCGGAAUUUAGUGGAGGUGCUGGGAUCAGAGCAGUUCAAGCCAGGGGGGACCUGGGAAGCAGGAUCCUCCGGCUCACUUUUUGGAAGCAUGGGGUCAGCCAGUUCUGAGCAGAGCGGCCCCUCCCACCAUGAAGGGAAGCCGUCCAUUGAAGAACCGGCUGAGAAGCAGCCCGAGUCUGUCUCUGUGAUCGAGCGAAAUGCUCGUGUCAUAAAAUGGCUGUACAGCUGCCAGCAGGCCCGAACUGCAGCUAAGGAGUCUACAGUGUAAACGGAUAGUUGACCUGGAAAAAAUGGUUCUUGUUUUGAUGAGUGCUGGAUGGCCUGUUGAGACCUCUGAGGUGGA